UUGACCCUUAGUCGGUCUUCGACUCUUCCCGGGGAAUUCAAAAAAUUUAGUCAUGGAUACCGAAAGUGAUCGAUGAAGGGCAAGAUAACCUAAUAGUAAUAGGGUGCGUUUGUAAUCUGGAAAACUCGAUUCCAUUCAUGGCAUCUGGUUCAAAUCCUACGCGAAUUAAUCAGUUCUUUGCUUCAAAGAAGAAGCAAAAUCUUACACAAUCUUCAUAUGGGAAAACUGAUAAGGAUGUAAAAGGCAUUCAAGGAGGGUCUCCUAGUGGAAAAGGUUCUUUGGAUAACUUUUUAGCCACUACUCAUGAUAAUUAUGGUUCAUCAGUUACACAAGGUCCAGUCAAGAGAAAAUUGCCAUUGACUAGUGUUCUCUCUUCCAAAGAUGGAGAAGUUGAUGAGACUUUGUCAUUGUGGAGGCAAACUAAGACCCAACCUGACAACCAGACAGAGAAUGCUAAUUGUAAAGGGAAUUCUGAACUUAAACAGUUUGCAACUGACUUUUUGUCUCUAUAUUGUAGAGAACUUCCAAGUGUAAGGACACCAUUAGAUGUGAAAGUCAAUUCUCUGAAAAGACAGGGAAGUCCAUCGGUUUUAGCUGAGGAUAAAUCGCCAAAGAAAAGAAAUUGCAGUCAAGAUGCUGCUGAGCAUUUUUCUGAUCAAGCGUCUUCUUAUCACAACAAGAAGCAUCCUCAAUUAGAUGGUAUCUCUAAACCUGGAGAUACACUUGUUUGUUCCAAAGAGGGAAGUUUGAGAAAAUGCAUGAAAAUGACAGUAUCAGGUUUCGAUAUGUCUGCAUGUGACACCAUUAGUCCAGUGGGCGUAGCAAUUGAAUCUAGAGUAACACCCAAUUCAACUAGGGGAAGCUCUUUAUUUUCACCAGGAGAUUCAUUUUGGAAAGAAGCCAUACAAGUUGCUGAUGGUUUUGCUACAAGCAACAACUUUGUUUCCUUUGAACAAUCUCAGAUAAAUAAUGCAAAUAACAUAGGAAGUAGAGUACAUAUGUCUGGAACUGGAAAACUAUUUUAUCAUGAUAACAGCAUGGCUAGUUGCACCAAUAUAAAAGGCUGUAGUAAUUUGGGAAAAGAGGCAUCCCCGCUACCUGUAAAACAUAUUGAUUUUUCGUUUGAGGAUAGAAACAUUGAUGGUGAGAUUCAGACAUGUGCAACUGGGAAUACACUCAAUGGCUUCACCAUUAGUGAAGCUGACCAAAGAGAAAGGACUACGAAGAAGGAAUUACAUGAUAGACUGGAUAUGACAAUUAAGAAUACAACUGUAAAGAGGGAAUCAAAGAUCGAUAUAACAUUGGGUACACCAGAUAUAUCAAUUAAAAGAGUUAUUGCUCAUGAGUACAUUGAAGAUGGUACUCCAUCAAGUCUUGCACCACUGAAGGUUCAUUUGGAAAUUAACCACUGGCUUCCUUCUGAAUUAUGUAUGGCAUACAAGAAGAAAGGAAUAAGCAAAUUAUACCCGUGGCAGGUUGAGUGCCUUCAGACGGACGGUGUCUUAGAGAAAAGAAAUCUUGUAUACUGCGCUUCAACAAGUGCCGGUAAAAGUUUUGUUGCUGAAAUUCUAAUGUUGCGGAGAGUGUUAAACACUGGUAAAAUUGCUUUUCUUGUGCUUCCUUAUGUAUCCAUCUGUGCUGAAAAGGCAACACAUCUGGAGGUCCUUUUAGAACCACUUGGUAAACAUGUGCGUAGUUAUUUUGGGAGCCAAGGUGGUGGAACACUUCCAAAAGAUACUGCUGUUGCUGUAUGCACAAUUGAAAAAGCCAACUCUUUAAUCAACAGGUUGCUAGAAGAGGGACGUCUUUCAGAAGUUGGGAUCAUUGUUGUAGAUGAACUUCACAUGGUUGGUGAUCAGAAUAGGGGUUAUCUGUUGGAACUCCUGUUGACAAAGCUCCUAUAUGCAGCUGGCGAAGGUGUUGUAGAAUCACCAUCUAGUGGAGGAAGUUCUGGUAGCAGCAGCGGUAAGGCAGACUCUGCACAUGGUUUGCAAAUUGUUGGCAUGAGUGCUACUUUGCCUAAUGUGGCAGCUGUCGCUGAAUGGCUUCAAGCUGCGCUGUAUCAGACUGAAUUUCGACCAGUUCCAUUAGAGGAAUAUAUCAAAGUUGGGAAUUCAAUAUAUGACAGGGAAAUGAAAAUUGUCAGGACAAUCUCAAAAGCAGCUGAUCUAGGUGGUAGAGAUCCAGAUCAUGUUGUAGAGUUAUGCAAUGAGGUAGUUCAAGAAGGCAACUCAGUGCUUAUAUUUUGUUCAAGCCGAAAAGGAUGUGAAUCAACUGCUAAACAUGUCGCCAAAUUCAUCAAAAAGUUUCCUGUUACUUACCAUAAUGGCCAGUCUGAGUUUGACAGCAUUGAUCAUAUUAUUGAUGCUCUUCGAAAAUCUCCGGGUGGCCUAGAUCCUGUACUUGAAGAAACUAUUCCUUGUGGUGUUGCUUAUCACCACGCUGGUCUUACGGUUGAAGAAAGAGAAAUUGUUGAAACCUGCUAUCGAAAAGGAAUUGUACGUGUCUUGACAGCUACAUCUACUUUAGCUGCUGGUGUUAACCUACCUGCAAGAAGGGUUAUAUUUAGACAACCUCGUAUUGGGCGUGACUUUGUUGAUGGUACGAGGUAUAGGCAGAUGUCUGGUCGGGCUGGCCGUACUGGAAUAGAUACAAAAGGAGAGAGUAUUCUGAUUUGUAAACCUGAAGAGGUCAAGAGAGUUACUGGAAUUAUAAAUGACAGCUGUCCACCACUUAAUUCCUGUCUCUCUGAAGACAAGAAUGGAAUGACUCAUGCUAUUUUAGAAGUUGUAGCAGGGGGGAUUGUUCAAACGGCAAAGGAUAUUAAUCGAUAUGUUAGGUGUACCCUUCUCAAUUCUACCAAGCCAUUUGAAGAUGUAGUAAAAUCAGCUCAAGACUCUCUUCGGUGGCUGUGCAAAAGAAGAUUUCUUGAGUGGAAUGAAGAUACUAAACUAUACAGUACAACAUCUCUUGGACGUGCCUCAUUUGGCAGUUCUUUGUGCCCAGAAGAGUCACUUAUUGUUUUGGACGACCUUUCAAGAGCUAGGGAAGGAUUUGUGCUUGCUUCAGAUUUGCAUUUGGUAUACUUGGUCACACCUAUCAAUGUUGAUAUGGAACCCAAUUGGGAACUGUACUAUGAGAGGUUCAUGCAACUAUCUGCUCUUGACCAGUCUGUUGGAAAUCGAGUUGGAGUAAUGGAACCCUUUCUGAUGCAUAGGGCCCAUGGUGCACCGAUGCAAACAUCAAAGCGAUCAAAAGAAAAUAAAGAUGGAUCUAUUGGCUCAAAUUGUCAAACUCGGUCCACUAACCCGAGCUUGCUUUCAAAUGAACAGACAAAUCGAGUGUGCAGACGAUUCUACAUUGGUCUCAUCUUGUCAAGACUUGUUCAGGAAGUUCCUGUUACUGAAGUUUGUGAAGCCUUUAAAGUGGCUCGAGGCACGGUUCAAUCCUUACAAGAAAAUGCUGGGAGAUUUGCAUCAAUGGUUUCUGUUUUUUGUGAGAGGCUUGGUUGGCAUGAUCUAGAGGGACUGAUCUCAAAAUUUCAAAAUCGUGUUUCUUUUGGAGUCCGAGCAGAGAUUGUUGAGCUGACUACCAUUCCCUAUGUAAAGGGUUCACGAGCUAGAGCUCUUUAUAAAUCUGGGUUGCGCACUCCUCAGGCAAUUGCUGAAGCAUCGAUUGCUGAAGUAUUCAAGGCUCUUUUUGAAUCUUCGUCCUGGGCUAGUGAAGAAAAUUCAGGACAACGGCGUGUACAGCUUGGCGUCGUUAAGAAGAUAAAGAAUGGAGCUCGAAAAAUAGUUCUAGAGAAAGCUGAAGAGGCCAGGCUUGUUGCUUUUUCAGCUUUUAAGUCUCUUGGACUUGAUAUUCCACAGUUUUCUCGGCCUUUAGUGUUGGAAGCUGUUCACCAGGCCAAUCAAAAUGAUGCUGAGGAAGAAUACAUGAGGGAUGAUUCAGAGAACGCUCAAAGUCAUCAAAAUAUUGAAAAGUUUACUUCUGAAGUUGUAGAGAAAGUGAAAGCUUCCAAUGUUGACACAGAGACUUCAGUAAAAACAAAUGCAAUCAGUAAAAUACCUAGUGUUUUUCGAGUUGCAGGAGUUAAUCAACCUAUCAAAGAGCUCCAAACUCACAGUGAAAACUGUUCCACAGUUAUGGUUGAUGCCACGGAGACUAAGGCAGUUGGCAAUCAGAUGCAAAAUGUCGAAAUGAGUUUAUGCACUAACAUGACUGAUAAGGGCCCCAUAAAUGCAGUUAAUCAUCCAGAUGGAUUUGAUGCUUUCUUGAAUCAUUGGGAAUCCAUGCAAGAGUUCUUUUUCGAUAUUUAUUUUAACAAAAGAGCUGAAUUAAGCUCCUUGGCUCCUUUCGAAGUACAUGGCAUUGCUAUUUGCUGGGAGAAUUCUCCUGUAUACUAUGUCAAUCUUCCCAAGGAUCUUUUCUGGUCUAUUGGUAGCGGGUAUAGCUUACCAGAAAGUCAUCAGUUAGACAGAGCAAAACAGAGAUGGUCCAGGAUUUCCUUCAUCAUGGGGAAAAAUGGAGUUCGAAAGUUCACUUGGAAUUUAAAAGUUCAGAUUCAGGCUUUAAAGAGUCCUGCCAUUUCAAUGAACAGAUUUGGUAGCUUGUCCAGUGCUGUGAAAGCUGGGGGCGUGGAACUUGUGGACAAUUUGUACUACAUGUUGCCACCUGUUCAUUUGAGAGAUGGCGUUGAUAUGUGUAUUGUGUCAUGGAUCCUUUGGCCUGAUGAUGAGAGAAGUUCAAAUCCCAAUUUAGAAAAGGAAUUCAAGAAAAGAUUAACUAGUGAAGCUGUCUCUGCGGCAAAUAGAAGUGGGAGGUGGAAAAACCACAUGAGAAGAGUUGCUCAUAAUGGUUGUUGUCGUCGAGUUGCACAAACAAGGGCCUUGCAUUCUUCUCUAUGGAAAUUGCUCAUUUCUGAAGAUCUUCUUGAAUCCCUUGUUAAGACUGAAAUCCCACUGGUCAAUGUUUUGGCAGACAUGGAAAUGUGUGGAAUUGGAGUUGACCUUGAAGGAUGCCUCCGAGCCCGACAAUUGUUGGGAAGAAAACUAAAGAUUCUGGAGAAAGAAGCUUAUGAAUUGGCUGGUAUGACUUUCUCAUUGUAUACAUCAUCGGAGAUUGCUGAUGUCUUGUAUACACACUUGAAGCUACCUAUUCCAGAGGGGUCCUCCAAAGGAAAACGACACCCUAGCACUGACAAGCAUUGUCUUGAUUUGCUCAGGCUUGAGCACCCCAUUAUUCCUGUCAUUAAGGAGCAUAGGACAUUGUCAAAGCUAUUAAACUCUACAUUAGGUUCAAUUUGUAGUCUUUCAAAGCUUUCCAUUAGGACCCAAAGGUACAAACUUCAUGGUCAUUGGCUCCAAACAUCAACAGCAACUGGAAGACUUUCAAUAGAGGAACCUAAUCUUCAGUGUGUUGAGCAUGCCAUGGAUAUCUCAAUGAAAAGCAUUCACAGUGAUGGAGAUGACUCUCAAACAGAUGAAUACAAAAUUAAUGCUCGUGAUUUUCUUGUACCCACUGAGGAUAAUUGGGUGUUACUGACAGCAGAUUAUUCUCAGAUUGAAUUGAGGCUAAUGGCUCAUUUCUCUAAAGAUGCUUUGUUGGUUGAAAUCCUAAAUAAACCACAUGGAGACGUCUUCACAAUGAUAGCUGCAAGAUGGACAGGAAAAGAAGAAUCCUGUAUUAGUACAGAAGAACGAGACCAAACCAAAAAGCUUGUUUAUGGUAUUCUGUAUGGUAUGGGUCCUAAUUCCCUUUCAAAGCAGCUAAACUGCAGUUUGGAUGAUGCUGCGGAUAAAAUCCAUAGCUUUCGGAGUUCUUUUCCCGGCGUUUCUUCCUGGCUUCAAGAAUCUGUUGCAUCCUGUCAUCACAAAGGAUUCAUAGAAACCCUAAUUGGAAGGAAGCGUUUUUUAGCAAAGAUUAAAUAUGGAAACAGUAAGGAGAAGUCGAAGGCUCAGAGACAAGCUGUCAACUCUAUUUGUCAGGGAUCUGCUGCAGACAUAAUCAAGAUUGCAAUGAUAAACUUACACUCCCUAAUUGCUGAAGACAAUGAGAACAUUCAUGUUUGCAAGGAGUUAGCAUCGAAGUUUCACAUGCUUCGGGGCCAUUGCCGAAUACUAUUACAGGUUCAUGAUGAGCUGGUCAUAGAAGCUGAUCCAUCUGUAAAAGAAGAAGCUGCCAUGUUUCUUCGAAUGAGCAUGGAAUCAGCUGCCUCACUUAUAGUUCCUCUGCGUGUCAAAUUGAUGGUUGGACGGACAUGGGGAUCAUUGGAGCCUUUCGAAUCUGAAAACUCCUAAGACGCAUAAUAAGUGUUGGGCGCAUGACAAAAGGAAGUGUUGAGUAACCAAAUCCAAGAACAAUUUCAAGUUCUUUUUACGUUUGCUUUGUAUGGAUGGGAAAGAACAAAAGAUUUUCGAGAAGGUUUUUGGUGGGGGACUGUUUCCUUUACGAUGGGAAACCAACAAGGGAAGUGGAAGAAUGAAUGAACAAGAAAAAUAAAGAUUUUUUUUUAACUUUAAAUUCUUUUGGUGUUUAGAAAGUUUUGGAUAUAAGGUCUGAUUGAAUUAUUUGAGGAUAUUAGAAGAAUAGUCUAGCUUGGUGGUUCGUCGCAAAAUUUUGUCCAUAAGGUGACUAUUUUCAAAAAAAUUAUUUGAGGAUAUUCAGUUUAUGGAAGGUUCUAAAUUGUAUCUAGUUUAUGUAUGUAAAACAAACCUUGAUCAUAAUACAAGUUUGUGUUCUUUCUAUACA